AAAAUUCUUGAAUACUAUAUAUUCCAUGGUUAAUGAAUUUGGACAUCAGCCAAAAACAAUAAUUCCCAGAAAUUGAAAAAUCUUCCAAUGAAAACCCUUCAUGAAAUUCAGGAGUUUGAACUUCAGAUAGAGCAGGAUGACAAUGUUGAAACUUCCUUGGCUCAUCUCUUCAAAUCUUUGGGUGGAAGAGAUGGAGAAGAUCAUCUAUAUAGAUGCCUCGUCCAAUUAUUUACAAAUGAGUUAUCUACUCAGUGUUCAUGGUUUGGACAACGAGGAAACUACAAAAUCAAAGAUUUGAAUGCAAUAAAAAUAUUAACAGAGAGUAUCAUUAGCAGUCAUCUUUCAAUAUCAUGCGCUGACAUUGAAAAAUAUGCAGGGGAGUGGUUCCGAUUGAGCCGCCAAAGGCUCAAUAGGGAGAUGAAUAAGAAAAAAGAUGCUGAGACCCAAUGAAUGAUGAAAAACAGACAAGGGAACAAAUUCUGAUUUUUUUUAAUGCCCAACAAAUUGUGGGUUGUGCAAUCAAAUACUUCAGUUUUAUUUUAAUGCUGACUGACACAUGACAAAGAGAAUUGUAAUUUUUUUCAAUGCCAAAUAAAAAUUGUCAAAGUU